CAAGCCUUAUGAGGAUAGAGAUCUCGUCGGCAGAGAUAUUGUGAUACUUUUUCAUGCGUUAAUAUCGCGUUUGUUUUCUGAAUCAUUCCGCCGCUGUGCCUUUUUCGUAGUGGAGCGAGCACCCGUAGGGUCCGAUAUAGGACAGGAUCGCCUCAGUCAUGUCGUCCAUAGUAAGCAUCCUAGAAGAAAUGGGCUUCUCCACGGCAAGAGCGAAGAGGGCGGUGGAGGUCUGCGGUGACCAGAACGUCGAAGCCGCCAUGGAAUGGCUUCUAGCGCACGCGGAUGAACCCAUGGACAUCGCCGAACCGGCUGAGCCUAUGCCGAAGUCCCCUGCACCUCAAACGCAGGCCGGGAACGCUGCCUCAGAGUCUACCAGCAACCCUGAAGUGCAGAAAGAUCACGCCGAAGAAAGCAGCAAGGAAUCGAUCCCGGAAACACCUGCAGCGGCUGCGGACGCAUCCGCCAAAAGUUUGAAGUGUGACGAGUGCGGCAAGCUCUUCAGGGGUGCGCUCGAAGCGCAGUAUCACAGCGUCAAGUCUAAACACGAGCAUUUCUCCGAGUCCACGGAGGAAAUCAAGCCCCUGACUGAAGAGGAGAAGCAAGAACAAGCUAGAAAGCUGGAAGAAAAGAUACGGCAGCGGCGGCUGGAGCGGGAGGAGAAGGAGAAGAAAGAAGCCAUCGAGCGGGAAAAGGAGCGCCGAAAGUUUGGCCAGGAAGUUGCCACAACUCGCCAAAAGAUCGAGGAACAGGAGAUGCUCAAGUUGGCCGAAGAAAAGAGGAAGGAGAAGAUGGAAGCCAUGCUGGCCAAGAAGAAAGUUCUCGAGGACAUCGAAAGGGACAAGCUGGAGAGGAGAGAGAAGUUCAACAUGGGAGGAGGGGCCCCUCCGGCCGCCGUGGCCAAGCCUCCCACUCCGGUCGCACCCGUGGAGCCAAAGAAAGAGUACGACCAGUGCAAGCUUCAGAUACGCCUGACGAACGGGCAGACGCUGACACAAACCUUUGGAGCGCACGAAGAGCUGGCAGCGGUCCGACUCUACGUUGAGAUGAACAGGACGGACGGCGACCUUCCGUUCACCCUGAUGACCAGCUUCCCACGAAAAGUGUUCUCCGACGAAGACUACGGCAAGCCCCUCAAUGCCUUGGGCCUCGUGCCAUCUGCAGUGAUCAUCUUAACAAAAGCAAAGUGAUUUAGCUGGUGUUCAGCUGAGACGACUACCGGGCAAGCAGCUUUGGAAGCCGUGUGUGCGUGUGUGUGUUCGUGCUGGCAAAGUGUGCUGGCAUACAGAGACUUGUAUAUUAAUACCGACUGUGCUGUGCACAAUAAACUUUCAGUGUCCGUCCUGCUUUGGGAAGCAGGGGGGGCAUGUUUUCUUAUAUA